AUGCCCACUGUGUUGCAGGAAGAUGACGGUAUGGACACUGAAGGCGAGGGUGAGGAGUACACUGAGGGUGAAGGCGAGAUCGAAGAGCCAGAGCUGAGCACCCCGGAGGAGCGCGAGCGAUUUUAUCAAGAGCUCGUGAAAGCGCGAGAAGUAGAACGAAAGAAAGCAAUAGCAGAGGGAAAGAUGGACGAUCCUCUGGUUCCAAAACGGUUGGACGAAGCCAUCACGAUGGUCGGGACAUGCAUGGACAUGUGUCCACGGUUCGAGAGGUACAGGCGCGAACGGGAAAAUAACCUGUUUGAGUGGGAAGUUAUCCCCGGGACGAGACGGGUAGAUCACAAUCGCGCCGUGAAGAUGUACGAGCGCGCGGCUGGCGACAAGACACUACCGUCCGAUUUGCGGCCGCCUCCCGUUCUCAAGAGAACAUUGAACUAUCUAUUCCAUAACCUUAUGCCUCGGGAAGGAUUCUCUCCAACCUUUAAUUUCAUUCGUGAUCGUUCUCGUUCUGUUCGAAACGAUUUCACGAUGCAACAUGAGACAGGUGCUGUUGCUAUGGAGUGCCACGAACGUUGCGCACGAUUUCAUAUUCUCGCGCUCCAUAUCGAGCGAAGCCGCAGUGGGUUCUCGAUUGCAUUAGAAGAGCAGCAGCUCAUGAACACUCUUCAAAGCUUGAAGGAGUUCUACGAGGACCAACGCGGUCGCCACCAGUCGCCGAACGAACUAGAAAUGAGGAUCUACCACCGUCUCAUCCACAUACGCGAUCAACGAGAGCGACAUGACGAUAUCCCUCAAUCAAUCCUGUCUCACCCUGUCUUUCUUCUGACCACAAAAUUCCGGAAGCACAUCCAGGCGAAAUCGGAGCCUAUAACGAAAACCUCUGCUUUGGUGGUUGACGAAGAGGGGAUGGCGAUUUUCGCCGAAUUGGCAGGGGUACUUCAACAGCAAGGGAGCCAGGUCAUGGUCUACCUUGUAGCCUGCAUUCUUGAGCGGCUGUUCGGGACGGACACGAUUGAUGAUAUCGAAAGCAUUCGUGCUGGACUGGAUCUUCCUCAAGUCAUAGACGGGGAGAUGUCGUCGACUGACAAAGUGAACCAUCAGCUGAAUCCACCACGAGCUAGAUCUCCUGUGAAGCCGAGUGCGACAGAGUGGCUCACCGACAAUUUCGGGCCGAAGCCUGCGUCGUCUAUCUUCAGACAAACGUCUAGCGACCCUGCCUCUGCAUUUUCCUCCAUUCCAACCUCUACGUCUGCGCCAGCUGCAGCGCCGGUUUAUACCACGGAGGCUCCAGCUCCUGCUGCGACUGCGUUUUCUAACCUGAAGACGACACCAAACGUGUUCGGUGGGGCAACCUUCACAACGGGUACCUCUGCUUUUGGUAGCUCAAAGCCUUCCAAUCUAUCGCCAUUCGCUGGCCUCGGGGAUACAAACAACUCCGCAUAUGGGACCAACAGCUCAGCCUCUGCAUCGCCUUUUGGAGGGUCCACCGUCCCCGCGACGAGUGCGUUUGGUGGCGCAUCCGCAGCCUUUCCCUCGUCUACGUCGGCGCCCAGUGUCCUCGCCCCAUCCUUCGGACAGACCGCUUUUGGCUCGACAUCGGCAUUCGCGGGUAUCGCGUCCUCCUCCAAGGCAUCGCCCUUUGGUGACGCAUCAGUAUCGACUCAGUCACACGUUGCCCCUUCGUCAAUCUCAUCAAGCGUGUCGCAACCCUCGUUUGGAGUCUCCGGGUUUGGCCAAACGACUGCCUUCAAUUCGAAGCCGGCACCGUUACCUGCUAGUUCUUCGACAAGUUCGGGCUUCUUCAGCACGCCGCCAACCUCAGCAUUUACCCCAUCCUCUGUCUCUGUACCGACGCCACUUGAAAAGGAACCGGCACCUGCGUUUGGUUCAACAUCGCUGAACCCUACCGCUCCCGUCUUUCUGCCGGGAAAGCGUGAAUCCCUCGUAGCUACAUCACCACCUAUACCUAUCACAGCUGCACUCACACCUACACCACCAUCUGUAGCUUCUCACCACUCACGACCUUCACUUCCUCCUAUCAAUACAUCCCCCUCCUCCUCUUUCUCACCUACUCCACAACCCCAGUCGCAAUCAAAGAGUGUACCAGAAGCUAACAAAUCUUUGGCCACUCCCCCGGUCGGGCAAUCAAAUAUACUUGAGAGGAAACAAACCCUCUUCGAAUGGCCUAACACAACUACUAACAAUUCUGUCAAUGGAUCUGAGAGUAUUUCUCGCAUGCCAACGCUCGUGGUGCCCUUGACGCCCUCAGGACGUUCUCCACCGACCCAGCCGCCUCCUCUCAAAAUGAAUCCCAUCUCGCUACCGGGCACGCCUACCACGACCUCGUUCCAAUCCUCCGCGAAACCCAUGAAAUCGCUGUUUGGAUACCCCAGCCUCCAAUCGAUGUCAUCCGUCUCGUCGGAAGAUAUACUUAGUCCGCUGCAGCUAUCAGCUCAGUCGUCGUUUACAGGUUUGAAAAGGCCAUCGACGGUAGAGUCGCCGACACCCGCCGGAUCUUCUGCAGUCUCGAAUCAUAGCAGCCUGGCUCCCACUCCCACUCCCACUCCCACUCCCGCCCGUGUCCCUGUUCCUUCGUUCAUUACAACAUCGCAGUCAUCGACGUCUACCCCCGCCCCUCUUGCUACAUCCUCCCCCACGCUUGCGCCCACCCUCUCCAAGGUGAAUGGCAAGGGUAAAGGGCGCGCAAUUGACUCCGCAAUCCUCGAGGGAAAGGCGGUGGAUUUCUUGCGAAGAAGUCUCGUCGUCAAGUCCUCCUUCCAGCAAUGGCGCCACGACACUACCGAGCGCUUGAAGUGGGUAGAUGCAGUUCGCCGGAGUGACGCAUACAGCGAACGAGUCCAUAGACAAUCGCUGUCUAACGGGAAAUCGCCAAGCAAAAAACGACGAGAGUCGAACGGGAUUGUCGUCGAAGCACCCACAGCAAAGCGCGUGCGAAAGCGGAUGUCAAGCAAAUACGUACCACCGAGGACAGACGACCAACUCGCCCAACGGCUGAAAGAGGUGCUUCGUCUCUCGCAGCAAAAUCACGAUCAGCACGAGCGCAGAUGGGCUGUUGGGACGUUCCUCGAACUGAUUCGUCAGCACAUACAUAAUGUCGCGAAGAGCUAUCCAUUUGAUUGGUCCGUCUGGCUAUCCACGAAUUCUGACAACGACGGGACUGCAAUAUGGGUCGAGCGGAAGUUCAACGUGCCGGAGUCAGGGAGAUGGGCGACGGAGCGCAUAUUUUCAAUUCCUUUGAAGCCUGGCGACGAAUCGGCAGAGUCCCCGGGGUUGAUCGUCUUCGAGUGCUCCCCACUGGAAGGAAUCGAGGAUGAGAUCGAACGGAAGUACCGUAUCCUCGACGACUGCUCGCGUUUGCGCGAAGUUGUUGAGGCCUUGCCUGAGGAUCGCCACUUUGUCCCAUCCAUCCUGUUCAUUAACUGGGGUGAAGGCGAACAGGCCAGCGUUUCGCACGAUAUAUUGGCCAUGGUGGAAGACUUCGUGGUGAAGGGCGAUCUGAAUAGCCAUUGCACAUUCUCUUUGACCUCAACAACGAUCGACCUGGAUACACGGCUUUUGGAAUCGCUUCGACCAAUGCCGUUGGAUGUGUCAGGGCGGCUCAUCGAAAUUCUGUCUUGGAAUGGUCUGCUAAAACUGGUCAUUUCCCCAUGGAGAGAAUUUGCAGAAGACUGGGUGACUCGUUGCGCAGCCGACAACGAAGUGGAUUGGCAUCUAUACAGUCAAGUCCUGCGAACGUUGAUUGAGUUGAUGAACAUUCUGUCUCGCCAUGUGAUAUCUCGGUUUGAUAACGUGGAAUCGUAUACGGAUCCUUUACCUUUGCUUGGAAACGACACCAUCCAAGAUUCACAGGCCAUGUACGAAGUCGCGUUCGCUUGGCUUGACCAGCCCGAUUUUCCCGUGAACUCCUUCAUAGACCAUAUUUACGAGCUGGCUCUGCGUCGCACAGAGUCGGUUGUCCAACCGGACAAGUCGACGAAUUAUCCCAUCCCCAAACGGGAAAUUCAAGCUAUUCGGGAGGACACGGAGAAGAGCAUCCUAAAAUCGGGGGAUAAGCUCCGUCGGACGUUUGCGUUCUUUGUGCGUCGGAAGCGAAGAGCGCCCGACGAUGAAGCGGACAUCCUCUCUUCCUCGACCUCAAGCAAAAAGGCUAGAACUUUGUCUUCAGAACCGACGAUUGUAGAUGAUGCAUUGUUCACCUCUCAUACCAACGGCAGUCGCAUGUCCAACGGAAGUAUGCAUCCGCCACCACCUUCGCCCACCGCAUCGGCGACUACGUCCAUGACCACCGACACGGACGGUUCGCUUCCACGGGUUACAACAGCCAUGUUGCGUGCCCUGACAAAGAGUGUGUUCAAUAAUCGCGGGGAAGCCCGCUCGUGAUCAUUCAGAAUGUUACUCUAUCUCAUAUUAUCAUCUGGGUUAUUUUAUUUGCUGUCUCGCUGUCGUUCGAGUACCAAUGUCCCAGAAUGGAGUUGUAUCCAUAGCUGUACUUCCUUGGGUUUUGUCGGUUUCGGUCGCAUGGACUGUGAUAAUUGUCCGUACCACGAUUGUCCUAAUCAUUUAAUCAGAGCACAAGGUGCAAGGAU